CAGAUUUCGAGUUCGAACAAAAUCCAAAUUCUGCGUUUAUGCUUCUAAUUUGUGAAAUUUCUUGAACAAAAAUGGUGCGGAUUUUACCGAUGACGUCAGCGAUUCGUCCUACAAUCGCAUCGUUCGCCACUGCUCGGUUCAGUGGCAGCAUCGGCGUGAUUAAUGCUUCUUCUCGGUUCAAUUCGGUCCACUUUGGCUCCACUGCGGGAUCACAGUCAAAAAACUUCGGUCUUAAAGCUUUUAAGAUAUUUAGACAAGAAGUAAACAGUAAAUCAGCAUCUAAAACAAUAGUAAACAUGGCUCAAGGAAGCACAGCAACCACGCAAGAAAAUGCGUUGGAAUGGGUAAAAAACGACAAGAGAAGAAUGCUUCACGUAGUUUAUCGUGUUGGUGACUUGGACAGAACAAUAAAGUUCUAUACAGAGUGCCUAGGGAUGAAACUGUUGAGAAAACGAGACGUACCUGAGGAGAAAUACACAAAUGCGUUUCUUGGAUAUGGACCGGAAGAUUCUCACUUUGUGAUUGAACUCACAUAUAAUUAUGGAGUUGAUAAAUACGACAUCGGAACUGCAUUUGGUCAUUUUGGCAUUGCGGUUGAUGAUGUUGCCAAGACUGUUGAUCUCAUAAAGGCUAAGGGAGGCACUGUAACCCGGGAAGCGGGUCCCGUCAAAGGUGGAAAAACAGUUAUUGCAUUUGUUGAAGAUCCGGAUGGUUAUAAAUUUGAACUUAUAGAAAGGGGUCCCACUCCUGAACCCCUUUGUCAAGUAAUGCUUCGUGUUGGAGAUCUUGAUCGUUCCAUUGCUUUUCAUGAGAAGGCGUUUGGUAUGGAGCUCCUUCGCCGAAAGGACAACCCUGAAUACAAGUACACCAUAGCAAUGAUGGGUUAUGGACCAGAAGAUAAAAACGCUGUACUAGAGUUGACUUACAAUUAUGGGGUCACAGAAUAUGACAAAGGAAACGCUUAUGCUCAGAUAGCAAUAGGCACAGACGAUGUUUAUAAAACCGCAGAAGCAAUUAAAGUUUUUGGCGGGAAAAUUACCAGAGAACCAGGACCCUUACCGGGAAUUAGCACCAAAAUUACCGCGUGUUUAGAUCCAGAUGGUUGGAAAACGGUUUUUGUUGAUAACGUCGAUUUUCUGAAAGAACUAGAAUGACGUGGAAGUUUAACUCAUCCGAACCCGAAGUUCACCCAUCAAAAUGUAGCAAAACCCUCCAUUUUGUAGAUAAUUGGAGGGUGGGUUAUAAGUUGUCACAGGUUGCAAUACUAGUAGAAUGGCUAAUAAUGUAUAGACCAUUUUGUUUUGAACAGCCAAAGAAAGGAGAAAAUUGCAUAUGGUAGAGUUGAUUAAUCAUCACUUUAUGUAUAAUUUGUUCCAACUUUUAGUAUAAUUUGUGGGGUGUGAUGAGUGCAACAAUUUCAUUUUUUGGCA